ACGUCAUUCUUUCAGAACUUUUUUACUAUUCUAGCUAGAAAAUUUAACAAAAUUUCAAAUAACUAAUCAUUUAGUUAACAUUUGCAUAAAAUUAAUAUAAAAUUACUUUUUAACUGAAAUUCUUACAUUCCAGUAUCACCACAAUGGUUUGUGUUCCUUGUUUUAUUAUUCCCGUACUACUGUACAUUUGGCACAAAUUUAUUCAACCCAUAAUGCUGCGUUAUUGGAAUCCUUGGGCCAAAAAAGAUGCCCAGGGUAAUGUUAUUAAAGAAGCCCCCGAAUUUCCAUUCGAGUGUAAAGGUGGUGUUUGUCCUUAUCCAGGUGCUAAAAAGAAGCUAAAAGAUAAUGAGUCAGAGAACAACACGGAAGAUAAGAACGAAAGUGAAGCGGCGACCUUGACAACAAAGGCAGAAACUAUAGCAGCAGCUACGGAAGUGGAGAGUAAAAAAGAUAAUUAAAUUAGUUUAAAAAGGAAAGGACAAAAAGUAUUUUAAGUUUUAGUUUUUUUAACAUAAAUAAUUGUUUUGUAAAUUUUGGACUAUAUAGUUUUAAUAGACAAGAUUAAAUAAAAAGUAAAUAAAUA